CGGCGGCCCAGGGACUCCACUUCCCGACGUGCUCCGGGCUCGGGGGACGGAGGGCCGCCGAGGCGUGCGGCCGGAGCCUAGCCGGGGGUGGGGGUUCGGAGCCGAGGCGGCGUCGCGGCCGUGGACGAGCGUCCGUGUGGCCUGGUCUGGGCCACAUCCGUGUGAGGGCACCGCUGCCGCCGCCCCCGUCCUAGUUCCAGCCCAGCAGCGCCGCGCGCCAUGGGCUCCAUCCUGAGCCGCCGCAUUGCGGGGGUGGAGGACAUCGACAUCCAGGCGAACUCGGCCUACCGCUAUCCCCCAAAGUCCGGAAACUACUUUGCUUCCCACUUUUUCAUGGGAGGUGAGAAAUUCGACACACCCCACCCUGAAGGUUACCUCUUUGGUGAGAACAUGGAUCUGAACUUCUUGGGCAGCCGGCCAGUUCAGUUUCCCUAUGUCACUCCUGCUCCCCACGAGCCAGUGAAGACGCUGAGGAGCCUGGUGAACAUCCGGAAAGACUCCCUCCGGCUUGUGAGGUACAAGGAUGAUGCUGACAGCCCCACUGAGGACAAUGAGAAGCCCCGGGUGCUCUACAGUUUGGAAUUCACCUUUGACGCUGAUGCCCGGGUGGCCAUCACCAUCUACUGCCAGGCGGUGGAGGAGUUCCUGAAUGGCAGGGCCGUGUAUAGCCCCAAGAACUCGCAGCUGCAGUCUGAGACCGUCCACUACAAGAGAGGGGUGAGCCAGCAGUUCUCCCUGCCCUCCUUCAAGAUCGACUUUUCCGAAUGGAAGGAUGAUGAGUUGAACUUUGACCUGGACCGGGGUGUGUUUCCAGUCGUCAUCCAGGCUGUGGUGGAUGAAGGAGAUGUUGUGGAAGUGACUGGCCAUGCCCAUGUGCUCUUGGCUGCCUUUGAAAAGCAUGUGGAUGGCAGCUUCUCUGUGAAGCCUUUAAAGCAGAAGCAAAUUGUGGACCGGGUCAGCUACCUGCUGCAGGAGAUCUACGGCAUCGAGAACAAGAACAACCAGGAGACCAAGCCCUCAGAUGAUGAGAACAGUGACAACAGCAACGAGUGUGUGGUGUGCCUCUCCGACCUGCGAGACACCCUGAUCCUGCCCUGCCGCCACCUGUGCCUCUGCACCUCCUGCGCGGACACAUUGCGCUACCAGGCCAACAACUGCCCCAUCUGUCGGCUACCUUUCCGAGCCCUCCUGCAGAUCCGGGCAGUGCGGAAGAAGCCAGGAGCGCUAUCCCCUGUGUCCUUCAGCCCCGUGCUGGCCCAGAGCCUGGACCAUGAGGAACACUCUUGUCCCUUUAAAAAAUCAAAGUCGUACCCCGCCUCCCUGGCCAGCAAGAAACCUAAAAGGGAAACAAGCUCUGACAGCAUCCCACCUGGCUAUGAGCCCAUCUCCCUGCUUGAGGCACUCAAUGGCCUUCGGGCCAUCUCCCCAGCCAUCCCUUCAGCCCCCCUCUAUGAAGAGAUCACAUACUCGGGCGUCUCAGAUGGCUUGUCACAGGCCAGCUGUCCACUUGCUGGGAUUGAUCGGAUUAUGGAGAGCGGCCACCCAAAGGGCAAGCCACGGAGCAAGUCUCCUGACAGCACUCUGCGGUCUCCAUCAUCCCCCAUUCAUGAAGAGGAUGAGGAGAAACUCUCAGAGGACUCAGAUGCUCCUCCCCCACUGAGCAGUGCAGGGCUGGCCCUGCGGGAGAGCAGUUCCCCUGAGAGUUUCAUAACAGAAGAGGUGGACGAGUCGUCAUCACUAAAGCAAGGGAGCCGAGUGCCAUCCAUUGAGAAUGUCUUACAGGACAGUAGUCCCGAGCACUGUAGCUGCAGCCAGCCUGGUCCACCUGCUGACAUCUACCUGCCAGGAUGGUCCACCUCCAUGGAGACGCCCUGCAGCCUCAGCACCACUGGCCCCCCCUGGCCUCCACUUGGUGGCCCCAGUGCCGAUCCCAACACCUCUGACUUGACUCCACUCUGAAAGCCUGGCCAGGCUGGCAGCAAGGAGCCCUUGGCUCCCCAGACUUUGCCAAGGGGCUGCCCUGGCCCCCAGUGUGACCUGGCCACUCCUGUCUGCACGCCCCCUGUGGCCACCAGGCUCUGAAAGGCCAUGGCAACCCUUGAUCAAAGAGCACAGUAGACUGUCCCCUCCAGUCCCCUUUUUCUAUGGUUGCUAUAUUUGUAAAUGGUACAAGAUGAAGGACAGCAACUUUCUAGCUGGGCCCUGAGCCCAGGGUCUCCCAGCUCAAUAGGCUGAGCCCAGGGCUGGCACUGACUGCUCAUGUGUUACCCGGUUCAGCUAUGCCUGAGAACUCAGCAAACCAGCAGAAGAGAAUUUAUUUGUGGGUGAAGUGUUGUCUUCACAGAUGCUGGGGCAUGGCAGGGGGCCUGAGUCAUGGUCCAUGAAGGAAAUAGUGCCUGUCUGCCCACCCUGUGCGUGUCGCUGCUGCCUUUCACCCUUUGCCGUUUCUUGAGGUCCCAGUGGCUCUUCCUGGCCCACUCUGAGGGCCUGUUCUGAGCCUCCCCCCUGCCCACAGCCCUUCUCCCAGCCACCAAGGUAUCUACAGAGGGCUGGGCCAGCCACUAAGGUAUUUACACAGGGCUGGGGCUGGGCCUGGCCCAAGGUAGAGGUGCAGCCAUUUGCAGCUGGCUUUGGUUAUAUCAUCAGGCUUAUCCAGGUAGAAGGGGUUCUACUCAGCUGGGCACCUGCCAGGAGGGACCAAGUAGCUUCCUCAGAUCCCCUUUUACUAUUUAAACAUCCCUUUUUUGAGACAGAGUCUCACUGUGUUGCCCUCGGUAGAGUGCCGUGUCGUCACAGCUUACAGCAACCUCAA